UUUCAUUUAUCAUCGGGACUGCAAGUUUCAACUAACAAACCGAAUAAAUUAAAUUAGUUUCGUGAAGUUUAUUCAAUUUCUUUAACGUUUAAUAGUUUUACCAAGAUGAUUUAUUCAAUAUCAAUAGCAUUGAGAUUCGUCUUAAUUGUUCAAACAUCGGUUCUCAUUGUUUUUGCAGAGCAUCUUAAUGAUUUACCCUGGUCGGUCGAUAAGGGUAAUUGGAUAAUCGAAGCAAAAUUGUAUAAAUCUUACAACGAGUUUUAUGACAUUCGUGAGUAUAUUUACUCGAGUGAUGUUGUUCGUGGUAAGAUUGAAAUUAGUCAUUUAUCUGGAAACGACAAACUCGAUAUUUUUUAUUCCAGUGGUUUCAAGUACGACAGAAUUGUAAUUCAUGAUAAACAGUGUAGUCAAUAUACUUUCAGCAGUUUUAGAAAAACUUGGAGUAGUGAAUUAUUUUCAUCUAACUGGACACAACCAAUACUUAAUCAUUUACUAUUGACCGGACCUUCGAUAUUGUUCAGAUUGUCCAAUUCAAAAUUGGUUUGGACAAAAGAACCCGACGCUGAAAUUAGAGGAUUUUUAGCUCACUCUGUAAGCUCAUCGAUUGGUGGUAUAAAUAUAAUGUCAUAUUAUAAAGGUCACACGGAACAAUCGUUUGGACCAUUAAAUACAGAGCGAUUACAAUUUGAAGGAUCUGACAAUUCCUAUCAGAGAGCUCAACGUGAAGUUUUUUAUAUCGAUAUUCUUAAAAUUACGAAAACUGAUGAACAGCUCGAUAAAAUUGUUACUGUUACACCAGGAUAUGGUUGCUCUAGUUAUUUGGUUAAGAAAGGCUCAAAUCAGUGGAUAGAUCCACCUAACAUGGUACGAUAUUCAUUUCGUUAUAUUUCAAAAGUUUAUAAUGAAGGUAUCGAAAAGUCAAUCACACAGAAUGAGGUUUUCGUAAGUAACAAUUUGAACAUAGUCGGUUUGAAAACAAUCAGUCAAAGUAUUACAACUGAGGCUAUUUAUGAUUACACAUUGGGGAUCUAUUAUACUGAGAAAGAAAAGAGUAAAUGCUCAAUAUUACCUAUUGGGCCUGGAAGCCUAGGUUUAGAUGAAGAUAACAGACUAUCGUCCGAUUUAGUCUUGAAUUAUCAUGAUGUCGAUAAAUACAAUUAUGUUGGUAAAGUUUUCCUUAAUUCUGAAUCAAGUUAUGAAGCCCAUGUUUGGGAAACUACCCUCAAUCAUUAUCAAAUUGGAGGAAAAAGUUAUGAUAAAGUUGUCAACACUCAAUAUUUUGUUUCUUCGCCUGAUGCCGAACUUUUCAGAGGCUUUGUUCUCGUACGAACUACCCUAAAUGGUCUAGCAAAAUCAUCAAAUGGUCAAUAUGAAUUAGUAGAUUCUACGAGAAUUGAUUACUUUAAUCUGGAAGCAAAAAGCUCUGAUGGUGACUUUGAGAGUAAUCUGUUGAUGCGUUUGAGUGAUUGCUUUCCAAUCGAAUCAAAGAAAACUUUUGCAUUUCAUUUAGAAUGUGAUAAAUGUAAAGAUGCUGAUAAGUGUGUCAAAUUAGCAGCGAGUGAAUAUCCAGUUUUCCUUGGUACUACUCGAAAUUUUUUUAGCUCAAGCACAAUUUCCGUUUCUCGACUAGCUGAAAUUGAUCUCAUAUUCCAAGAUAAGAAGAUGGUUAUAUUAAUAACCUUCUUAGACGUUCCGGAUAUGAAAGUGGCUGUUCGUUCAGAAAACAUUAAACUUUCUCAGAAUACGAUAUCAAACGCACAGAAGAAGAUUGAAGUUCGCUCAGAAACUGAGUGUCUUCAAACACAAGCAAUUCUCAAUUAUGAAGAUCCUGAGGUCGUUCUUUAUUGUGAAGACUCUGGAUCUCGAAUUUGUGGACGAUUCAUGAAAAAAGAAGAUAUCAAGAAGGAUGAAGAUAAGGGAAUCAAUUGUAAAGUAUAUUACCCUUUAGUGGGGAUUCGAAAUUUUGCACGUGAAACUCCUCUAAAUCAUUUGGAAGAAUUUCUGAAUUCAAGAAAAUUAAGGUAUCAUCUUAUGACAGAGAGGUGGGAUCUUGUGAUUUUAGAUCAUAUCAAGUGACCGAUGUAACUGAUCAAAACUAUCAGACUAAAGAACCUUUCAAACAAGCUCUCGUGGGCGCUAAGUUCUCUCAGAAUAUCGUUGAUGUCAUUCAGGCUAAAGAAGUUUCCAAUUUGGGUGAUUGUUAUCGUACC